AUGGAAUCGCAAGAAUACCCUUUAGCAGCUGGCCUGCUCGCUGCCCUCUCUUCUACUGUUGAUUCUCCUCCAGCUCCGACUCUGACGCCCUUCCCGAGCCUCAUCCCGUCGCCGCAUCCUCUUCCGACACUAUCCUCUGAACUUGGUCACAAUCACGGCAAAGAAGGGAGUGGAGAGUAUGAGUGGUCAUCGUUAAUCGGUAUUAUCACAGCAUUAGCCGGAAAUAUUUUGAUCUCUCUUGCACUUAAUAUCCAGCGCUACGCCCACAUUCGAAUAGAAAAGGAAUGGGAACAUGAGAAGUUACAACGGGGGUUGAGCUGGAAGCGAACCGGUCGGCGGCCUUCCUAUGGCGCCAUCGAUGGACCUGUUGAAGGAGAAAGCUACCGGGACGACCCUUCAGUUCAGUCUGAACGGUAUAGGGACGAUAUCUCAGACCAGGAAGACGAUCUGCCGGACUCUCCAGUAUCAGAACGGACGGCGCAGCCUGAAAACGGCUUACCACGACAGCGACGGAAGUCUUACCUUCGUUCACCGUACUGGUGGGUGGGAAUUAUAUUGAUGACUCUAGGCGAGACGGGCAAUUUUAUGGCGUAUGGAUUUGCCCCGGCAUCUAUUGUCUCACCUUUAGGGGUUGUGGCCCUGAUUUCGAAUUGUGUCAUUGCGCCGUUUAUGCUGAAGGAAAAGUUUCGGAAGAGGGAUUUUUGGGGUGUUCUCAUUGCAAUUGCUGGAGCAGUUGUGGUCGUCCUGAGCGCGAAAUCAUCGGAAGAGAAGAUCGGGCCUGACGACAUCUGGGAGAUGAUUACACGCUGGGAGUUCGAGCUUUACCUAGGCCUCACUUCCGCGCUUAUUGUUGUGCUCAUGUGGUCAAGCAGAGAAUACGGACGACGAACUAUCUUGAUUGAUGUGGGUUUGGUUGGGCUAUUUGGCGGGUACACUGCUCUGUCAACCAAAGGAGUCUCAUCCCUACUGUCAUAUACCCUGUGGCAUGUCAUCACAUUUCCGAUCACCUAUUUGUUGGUGUUUAUCCUUGUCUUCAGUGCUCUAAUGCAAAUUCGGUAUAUCAACAAAGCCCUGCAGCGUUUCGAUUCUACGCAGGUGAUUCCAACUCAGUUUGUUCUCUUCACACUCUCGGUGAUCAUUGGUAGCGCAAUACUAUAUCGAGACUUCGAAUCCUACACAGCGUCGCGUGCGGGGAAGUUUGUGGGUGGUUGCCUGCUCACCUUCCUGGGUGUUUAUUUUAUCACAAGUGGGCGCAUUCGUGCCGAUGACGAGUCCACCUACUCAACGGAUGAGGAAGAAGCUAUCGGACUCCUACCUGGAGAGCGAUAUCAGGACAGAGUCGAUUUGUCUCCUCCUCUGCAAGCUCAAACGAAGAAUAGACCACGACCGAGAAGCCCUGAUUUAGACGGCACUCUCCAGUCGCCUCCAGGGUCGCUUCUCAGCGAGGGCCUUAGGAACCUUGAUGAUGAUGAUGACCAGAGCACUCCCCGAGCCGCUCUCUCCGCCGAGUCUCGCUCGCCUACUGGGUCGGUGGUUGCCGAUCUCUCUGAACCCUCUCCAGGCUCUUCAUCCUCAUCCCGCCCUUUGUCACUUCUAAGAAACCCCUGGGCCGAGUCGCUUGAAGAGACAGCGUCUGAACCAGAGAUCGAGCGACCAAGCACCCCUCCAGAACCGGCCGUGCACAAACCAGCCAGCUCCACCAUACUUCUUCGCUUCCCUCCUGCCCCGGACGUGGAUGGAGCGAAUGGUACAAGGGUUAGUGCCCGGACCAAUCCUGCACCCGAGACGCCGCCGCGGAGAGUACGGAAUUCAAUCUCUUCACACUUCUCACCAGGACCCUUGUUCUCUACACUAUCUGGCGGAUUCAGCGCUGUAGUUGCUGACUCGAUCCGCCGCGGUGAGAUGAGCCCAGUGAAAGAACGAAGGGCAAUAAAGUCACGUGGCCGAAGGAAGCAUCCGAGUACGUCGAUUAUCGAUAACAUUUCGCGAGAUGCGGAUGGUGCUGCAGGGGAAUCGAGCCAGGACCCGGAUGCGCUGGUGGACAGUUCUGAUAACGCUAUCGCCGCACCUGCUACUGCAGGACACUCUACUCCUGCUAUGGAGUACGGAGAGGUCUCGCGCAACAACUCGGACGACCUGACGACAAUUUCUCGCUUGCGCAGUUUAAGCGACUCAUGGAGUAAAACAGUCCCCUGGCUGGGAGGUGUGCUGCAGAAACGAAGCGAAAGCCAGACAAGCCCCGGCGAAACUGAAGUUAGCGAGGGAGCUCCAAACCAGUCUGAUCGCCCAGCUUCAGGUGACGCAAAUGCUUGA